AUGGUCGAGCAGUUUGCGGCCAAUUUCAACCUUGAAGUACGAGAUCAAGAGUUCCAGCAGUCUGGAGAGUGCCUCCAGUCCAGAAACGGUGAGUUUCUUGUGGUCGGACAAGUUCAUCAACAUCGGACGAAGACCGCUUUGGAGCAGCUCUUUUGGAAGCUUGGAGUUCUGGGACAGGACCUGUUUGAGUCCAGCGUGUGCAGCGUUGAUGAUCUGAGACGACUUAGCGCACAGCGUCUUAAAGAACACGCCAAGGAUCCGAAUUCUGAUCUGUGGGUUCCCGUUGGAGAAGGCCGGUUUGGUCAAUGCCAACGACAGCAGCUCGAUACAAACCACACGAAGUUUGAUGAGCUGUUCAGAGGUCCGGUGUUCGGAGAUUCUGUGAGCACUGAUCAGCGACUCGUCGUCGGCAUCCACCAAUGCUAA